UAAACACUAUCCAAUCUUAACCACUGAAUCUCUACUUGUUCUACUCAGCAUUUACCAUGUUUUGACUAGAUUUUUAUAUCCUCCAAAAGUCUGAUCUUCAUUUUGCGUGAAGACGAGGGAUUCCCCCACACUUCCUUUUUUUGCAGCAAUAUAAACCCAGAGACAACAUUCAGUUUCAGUCGACACCAGCCGACCACAGCCAACACAGACUCAAGAUGCCUUUCAAGCCACACUACCUGUUGGUGUCCCUGACUCUCUGCUGGUUCGUGGCUCUUCAAGCAUUCCCCAUGAACGGCUGUGCUGCAUGUCAGAAGUGUCGCUGCAUCCGGACGUCCUCUGCUUUCAUCUCUCCUCGGCUGUUCCACAGGAUAGAGAUCCUACCUCCAGGUGCCCACUGUCGUCAAACAGAGAUCAUCGUUACCAAGAAGGACAAAGCCACCGUCUGUGUGACUCCAGAUGCAAGAUGGAUCAACAAAGUCAUUGGCAAGUUACAAAGUACCAACAAGAAGAAGAGAAGUGCAGAACUUCCUCAUCUCAACCACCAUUGAGUGAAUUGGAACAGGAAUGU